AUGAAUCAAAACACUAGCACCAAACUCAAAGAAUUCAUUUGCAGCAAAUGUUAUUGUGAAGAUCAAAAGCUGAUUCACAAUGUCUUGUAUCGAAGCCAACACCAAAGGUUAUGCACAUCAUGUGUUCUUUUUACAUGCAAAGAAUUUUUUUGCCCCACUUGUUUUGGUGUCCAUGGUCUGAUUACACAGGGAACACUCAUCACCUGUCAAAGAUGUAAUUCUAAGUCUCAUCCCCUCUGCUUCUCCUCUAACCCUAGUCACUCAGGAGCACCUCCGAUGUGUGCAGCUUGUGUGAACCCUGACACACUGAUUUUUAACCCUAAGGGGUUGAGAAUGAAAGGGGUUGAUCGGGUUAUGAAUGUGAUUGAUGAAAAGUCAGUGAUUUUGUUCUUGACAGCAGCAAAGGUAGGGGGUAUGUUGAUGUGUGGGGCAAGUGAGGUAUUAAAAGAUAAUGUUGGGAUGCUAGUAGCAAAAACUGUUAUCGAACGUAAAAAUGCAAUAUUGGGGGUGAUUCGUGCUAUGAGAGAUCAUGAUUUGAAAAAUAAAGAUCGGAAGGUGGAGUCACUGCUUGACUUUUCGAAUAGCGAGGAUGAUGAUAGUGAUGAUGAUGAUACUUCUUGUGAAACUCUGAGUGAUAAUGGAAGGAUGCAAAGCUUAAGCAUCGAAGGUGAAGUUUCUGAAGCUGUGCCUAUGGAGAGAGAUUAA